CUUACAGCUAGCAUUUUCAACGCCUUUCCACUCGGCAGCUUCCGGUCGUUCCCCUCCAAGCCGAUUGCAUCUCACCACUGUCUCAUCACAGGUAUCCCUCGAAAAAAAUCACUUUCUCCUCUCGUGAUUCUGUCACCCUCGCGACCUUUUCCGCCAGCGCAGACCAAAAUCACAAUGGCCGCCACGUUCAGUCCUACGCCCUACCAAGAAGGGAGGCUACUGGAUCUCCAAGUGUGCAAAAGCUACUCCCCCAACCUGCCGUCCCGCAUUACCGCCACCAUCAGCAGAGUAAUCUCCAUGACCAUGUCCGUUGUACUGGAUGUCACCUUCCAGACCCGUCAGGGCCCGCCUGUCCACCGUGUACUCAAGCUCUACGACCGUCGAUUUGGCUCCUGCCUACGUGAAGUUCGCAAGGACAGGGCCGCGCCGCAUACACAGGAAAACGAAGCAGCGUUUGAGGCCUUUGUCAGGCGAGGAAUGAUGCCCGGGUUCCUCCGCCAUCGAAAGGAAAGAAACGAGACCGAGACGCUCCCCGUCAGGGCUCGGGAGUUCCUUGACGAGCCCAAUCGCACCGAAGGUCUUGCCAAGUACGAGGCCGCGCUCUGGCAAGACUGUAUCGAGCACUUUGAAUGCGAGACCAAGGCCUAUCACCGACUCACCGAUCUCCAAGGCACGUUGGUCCCGCGUAUCCACGCCCAUGUAAGUCUGUUGCCCACCAAGCUCGCGACCAUCAUACCACAGGAAAUAGCGCCCUACUUUGAAGUGAGAGGUAUCCUUCUGGAACGGAUCGACGGAUAUUGUCUAGAAAACCUAACGCUCGGCCCCCUACCACAAAACCUAAGGACGUGGCAGCACAUCAUCCAGUUGGCCGUUGAUGCAGCGUAUGAGAUCAACAAGCGCGGCGUCAUCAUGGAAGACUGUGCGCCGCGCAACGUGGUCGUGGACAGGCAGUCGCAGACACCGCGUAUCGUCGAUCUGGCACAGUGCAUCUUCCGGGAUGAGAUGGUGAGCGAAUGGUACCAGUGGGGGUGGCAUGAGGACGAGGAUUGGGAUCCGGAUGUCGAGUAUUGGGAGCAAGUGAGUACUACGAAUAACCCAGGGGCGAUUGGGGCGGUUAUGGCGAAUCGUGUACAGAGGAAGACGGGUGUGAAGCUGGAUUUCAGGUAUCCGGACUGGAGUGGGAUUAUUGCUAAGAUAAGACGGAGAAAAGAGGAGGCAGCCGCAGUAGAACGGAAAACCCCUAGACGCUAAGGGCGUUGAGACAGUGAAGCAAUAAUACGACUGAAUGUUUCGUCUGCCGAAUCAUCUCGAUAUAACAUUCAUACACUUUCCAAACACCCACGAUAGUAUACACCACCCCUCUCUUCAACCCCCCCCUUAAUGCCCC